AUGAUGGCCUCCCAAAACGACGAGGAUCCAUUCCUCCAAGUCCAAGCAGACGUGCUAUCUGCCCUCAACAAUGCGAGGCCAUUGUUCAAGUCGUAUCUUCGCAUCAGGUCCUCGGCAUCCUCGGCAAAUAGCCCCGAGCUCCGUGAGGCACGCAGCGAGCUCGAACAAACACUGCAGGAUCUCAGCCAAGACCUCGAGGACCUGGUGGAAAGCGUCAAGGCCGUGGAACACGACCCCUAUCGCUUUGGUCUCGAGAUUGACGAAGUAGAGCGCCGCCGGACGCUGGUCAAGGAUGUCGGCUAUGAAAUCGAGAAUAUGCGCGAUGAGCUUCAGCAGACGGUCCAGCACGCCAAGAACAAGGGAAAGAAUGCUGCCAACGGCGGCGACAUGCUGCCUGACCCCGACACAUUCGAAGAUGACGACAAUUAUGCUGCGUUUGAGCAGGAGCGGCAAAUGGAGAUGAUGCACGAACAGGACGAGGCUCUAGAUGGCGUGUUCCGCACGGUGGGCAACUUGCGACAGCAGGCUGACGACAUGGGUCGUGAGCUGGAAGAGCAGGGCGAGCUGCUUACCGAUGUUGACAACAUAGCUGACCGAGUGGGCGGCAAACUCCAGACGGGCCUGAAGAAGGUUGGCUGGGUCAUCAGGAAGAACGAAGACUCGUGGUCCAGCUGCUGUAUUGGCGUGCUGAUCUUCGUCUUGAUCCUGCUGCUCGUCCUUCUGCUCUUCCUCUGA